UGCGUCACGUAACCGGAUAUGUUUCCGUAGGGUUCUUCGUAGCUUUCUUAACUGGUACGCAGUAAUGUAGUACCGUGGCGUGUUGGUAUGUUUGGGGUACCCCGUCAUAAGUAAGUGUGAUUUAGGGGUUGUGACUGAUAAAAAUGUCUGGUGCCAAAGGAAGAAAAUAUGAGAAGAAGAUGAAACACCAGCCCACAAGUGUUACUUUCCACACUGGCGAUCCUGGUGUGAGCUCUUCUAAAAACUAUAAUGGAGCAGGCGCUCAGCAACAAGAAAGAAAAUAUGGGGGAAUUCAACCACAGAGAGACCAACCUUGGACGCCAUCCUCUAGUUUCAAACAUUAUCAUGAACAAAGCCAUUAUAGAGAUGGUCAGACUUCACAGGGGUUUCCUAAGUAUAUAACAGCAACUACUUUUGCUCAGGCUCGAGCAGCUGAAGUCAAAGCCAUGCUGAAAGCUGUUUCGAAUAAAAAUUCAAAUUCUCAGGUCUUCCAGGCCUUGCCCAAGCAUAUGAGGAGAAGAGCAAUGAGCAGUAAUGUAAAACGUAUUCCCAGAAGGCUCCGUGCAAUUGCCAAAAGAGAGCUUGAAAAAGCCUCACAACAAAAGAAGGAGCAGUCUAAAAAUAAAAGCCGCAAAGCUCGCAGACGACAUGGAAAUCUACUUCUGGAAUUUAAUCGAAGGCAAAGGAAAAAUCUGUGGCUUGAAACUCACAUCUGGCAUGCAAAAAGAUUUCAUAUGGUUAAGAAAUGGGGGUAUUGUCUUGGAGACAAACCAACAAGUAAAUGUUACAGGGCAUGUUACAGAGCGAUGACAAAACACUGUCUCUUACAGGAUUUGUCUUAUUACUGUUGUUUGGAGCUAACUGGAGGAGAAAAUGAACUACUAAAAGCACUGGCCAGACUUACCAACAGAGAAACUGGGUUGACUUUUGCAGCAGUUGGGUGCCUUUCUGGCAAAAAGCAGGGAUCAUUAGUUCUCUAUAAGGCUGAGAAGUAUCCAUUGGAACCUUUGGGCCCUGUAACAUUCUUGUGGAAGCCAAAGAAAAUGUCGGAAGAUAGGCAGCUUUGGAUCUGGUUUCAUCCAGCACUAAAGCAGGAUCUUAUACCACAGCUUAAGACUGUUUGCCAGUGUGGGGAGCCAGUUGUCCAAAGUAUUCCACUUCCAGAGCCAUCAACAGUAGUGUCUACAGUUGAAGAAAUGCCUGAACCUGUCUCUGUUGGAAGUAAAAGAAAGAGGAAAGAUGGGACACCUUUAGAAGAAAUAACUGUAAAGAAGUUCAUUAGAGAAAAAACAAGUCCAACAUUAAUACCAGCUUGUUGGAAAUCUCAAACUACAGGAAUUGUGUUAAGAGACCUUACCUUGGAAAUUUUAAGAUACCGUUUAAUUGGCCCACUGUCUCACUCAGUUCUUAGUGAUGCUUUGUAUCCUGCUUCAUUAUGCAAGAUCUUCCAUUCUCAACAUGAAAAGCACUGCUCCUGGUGGCCAGAGUAUUGCAAUGAAGACAAUUUAUUUUUGCAUGAGCGUCAACAGAACCUUUUUCAGUUACUAAGGGGUAUUGCAUCACCUGCAGAAAUAUCAGCGGGUACUGUUCUUGGGCUUGUAGUAGAUGAUCCUAGGCUCACUCUGCCAAGGAAGAGAACAAAAUCUAUGCCUAAUCUUUCAAUGCUGCCAGAUUUUGAGAAGGUUCGGCAAUUAACUGUUGAAGGCAUUACAGAUGAAACUUCAGCAAGCCCCAUUUGGGACCAGGCAGUACGUGAUGAUGUUACUAGAAGCAAAAUUUCAGAACAGGAACUGAAUCGCAUGAAAAUGGAGAUUCUUGUACCAGGUUCUCGUUUAGACCUUGGAGCAAAAGAAUCCAAAAUUCCCAUUCUGUUGAUACAUCAGUCUGGAAAACUAACAGGACAGGAGUGCCUAGGCUGGGGAAGUGGUUGGGAUAUCCUGAUUCCAAAAGGCUGGGGAAUGGCUUUCUGGAUUUCUUUGAUCUACAGAGGGGCUCGAGCUGGAGGACUGCAGGAGGGGCUUAAACACUCGCAGCACAAAGGAACGGCGCAUUUCCCAGAUGACUUCCCAGACUGUGCUGCUGGUAUGAGAUUUAGUGGUGAACAAAAAAAGGAGCUUCUGGACAAAUAUAAGAGACGACCACCUAGCAAAAGACCAAAUUACAUAAAACAUGGCAGCGUGGCACCCUUCCUCUGUCCUUGGCAGCAGCUGGUUGAGGAAUGGGAGAUGAUACUAAAGAUUGAAGAUGAGAGGGGUGUCCCUGAAGAGUGCAGGGGGGCCCUGCCUGCACCGGAAAGCAGCGGAGAACAAAUGUCCAAAGGUGUGAAGGUGAAAUGUGCAGAUGAAGAAAUGAAAGGCAGUCCUGGUGCAGCGGACUUCAGCAUUUUAAGGAACAGAACUGUACUGAAGCAGAUCUCAGCUUGGUGCUUACCCACUUCUGGAAAAGGGAAACGGGCAAAUUGUCCAGCCAGCUUCUCAAGGCAGCAGAUUCCAAGUGGUGCUGCUCUUUUGAUUUCUGCCCAUAAUCCACGGUGUCUUGUCUGGACUCGGCUGUCACUGCUGAAGAAAGGGUCCCCUACAAGUCAUGCACUCAUUUGUAUUCCAGACCCUGGAGAUAUACAGAUGCUUUGUGCAGACCUUACAUUUUGUGGUCCUCAAGAGCCCAAGCACAAAGAUCACUUCAAGAAGAAAAUCAAGGAGCUGAAGAAGAAGAAGUUGGCAUCCUCUCCUGGAGCCUCCUGUAAGGUUCAGGGUAUCGGCUGUUCGGAGUUACCGAGUAAACUGAUUUCCGGGCUGUGGCCUGAGCCUUUGCCAAGUAUAACUUCUCACUGCACCAGAGUUACAAUUGGGUUUGUACUGCGUGGAGAUUUCUCCCUGACGGCAGGCUGCGGGGAGGCCCUGGGCCUUGUGAGCGUAGCAGGACUCUUGCACAUGCUGUCCCAGCAGUCCUCAGACAGGAAGGGCCUGGUGCUGGUGAGAAACCCAGCUUCACUGCAGUAUAGAUUUGCCAGAAUCAUGGUUGAGGUAUAAAAAUAAGUGAGUUAUUACUAUUAGCAAAUUAUUUUUUUGUAUGAGACAUGUAUUUUAUUUUAGUGAUUGAGAUGCUUGAAGAAACAAACUGGCAGUAAAUUUACUCGCUGAUUUCUCAUCUGCACCUCAAGAUAAUUGUAAAUGGUGGUAGACCUUCUCAAAACUGUCAACAGCCCCUUUUACAAAAUCACCCACCAAUCAUGGGAACACAGAAAAACAUAAAUUAGACAUUCAGUGAUGGCUCUUGUUUCAGUUGAACUUGUUAAAAAGUUGAAUCAUCAGGCUGGCCAUUUUGAAAAGUAAGCGGGGCUACACAUUUUAUUUUGGGUGAUCUCGGUAAGCACUGCUAGCUUGUUUUGGCUGACUUGAAAUUGAAGAAUUAAUAAAAAUGAUAUAUAGCAUAAGCGUUAAUGCUUAAGGGACUUG